AUGUCAAAUGAAGAAAGUGGAACAGAACAGAUGCUAUCAAAUAGAAAUAAUGAUAAAAUAAGAGUACUAUUGAUAGAUAAAGAAGAUCAAACAGAUUCGGACACUGAUGAAGAUUUCGAAAUCCCGACAAAAUUAAAUUUUAUUCAUUAUUUUUGUAUCUUACUCGUAGUCGGCCUAUUAGGAUGCACGCUAGCUGCAACAAUCUAUGCAUGGAUCAAAUAA